AUGGGCAAGUCCGCCAAGAUGUACAAGCGGCCUUCGAAGCACGAGAAGGUCGCACGACAGAUCAACAAGCAGUCUGCGCCCGUUCCGCGCCGCGAGCGUUCCCUCACACCCGAAGGUCCUCGCACUGCCAUCCCUCUCUUCAAUGAAUCCCGCCGUACAUUCGUCCCUUCCAAGCCUGAUCCCCGACUCGCCAAGCUCGCCGACUACGACCCCAUGUCGCAAGACUCGAGUCUCGUUGGGUCGCCUGUUGCGGCUUCCGACAACGUGAUGGAAGACGAGGACGGCGAGGAGCCUGUAUUGGCGAUGGACAAGGACGAGGAGGCACCUGCGGCGGCGGGGAAGAAGCGGAAGAGCUUGAAGGACAAGGUCAGGGCUGCGAAGGAGGCUGUCAAGGAGGACGAGCUCAAGAGUCGAGGGAAGCUGGCGGGCAAGAAGGGGAGGAAGGGCAACGUGCUCGGCAACGUCGACUACGUCAAGCUGCUCGAGAAGCGCCCGGGCAAGAAACACUUCCGGUAG